CUUUUCCUGAUUCAGUGGCAGUCGGCGGCCUUCUUCCGCACCCUGCUCGUUCCUUGGCGUUUCCCUGGUGCCGCUUUGUCAAGUGCUUGGGUUGGAAAAUAUAUAUGAUGAAGAUGGCAUAAACUACUAUUAGUAGUAGUAUUCAAAGACUCAAGAGGCUUCGACAUGAUAUCGAGGAGGGGAAUGUACAGCGUGCUACGGAGGCCAACGAGAGUGGCGAGAAAUUAAACUUCAACAGAUGCGGCGACAUACCAUACUCGACUCUCGAGCAACACCAUCUUGCAUACCUCUGACCUCUACUGAUGCCCAUUGCCCUAUCAUAGUAGGCUUUUUCAACAUGAUUCUUCUGAGGAUAUGGACUGAGUAAAAAUACCCCGACAUUGAUGUGCUAUGGCAAUGUCCUGCAGUGUUUUCAAUCAGAUCAACCCCACUCUUAGGACGUUCAUUUUUCAAGCUUCCAGGGCAUCUCGUUCCUAUCCCUUAUCGCCGCUUGUGCAAACAACCAUACCCGGGUCCUCGCUUGCCAUCUGUUCAACGUCAGGAAUAUCUAUAUCCAUCGGGGAAAACCUCCCCCGAAAACCUCCCCCGGGAAUUACGGCACAUGUCAAUGUUUUAUCAAAUGGAGUUUUAGGCAGUACCAGCUACCAGUGCACCAUGCAAGUCCGAAUCCAGAAUUUUCACCGUAGCUUCAGCUUUAUGCAGGUGAACCCUGCCAACCUGGUCGUGGGCAAUACCACGGGCUCAGGUGAUGUCGUCCACAUCCAAUGGGUGGACGUGGGGGCGGGUCGAGCGCGUCUCUGGGUUCCGACAAAGCAAACGUUUAUUACAAUCAAUGCUGCAAAUCAAGUCGUAGGCGCCCCUGAUGCCUAUGAACUCCAAUUAGACCUGCAGGGCAACGGAAGCUAUGUAAUCCGUCUGGUGAACAACAAUAUUUAUAGGCUGGUCCUCAGCGAUCUUUCAGGCCCGGUCACGAAUGAGCCCGCUCCUCUUGCGGGCUCUGCGGACUACAACAAGCAGUUCUGGAUGUUCGUUCCGCUGGAUUAGUUGCUUUGACUCAAUUGGUUGUUUCAGAAUGCAAGGAGAUUUCGUCCGCUGCAGAAUGUCGGUAGAGAUUAGCUAUAUUUCCGUUGUGAUGUAUGGAAUACAUUCGACCACACAACAACCGGGUCAUUAACAGUCUGAAGCUGUGG